AUGCCUGCAGCGUUACCGUAUGCGGUCAAUCCGCUUCCUUUCGCUGGUAAGGUCAUCAGCAUCACUGGAGCCAGUCGAGGCUUGGGUUUAGCACUUAGCAAGUACUUGCUCAUCCGCGGUGCGACGGUGUCCAUGUGUGCGACUUCGGCAGACAACUUGUCGAAGGCUGCGAAAGAGAUAGACGAAGAACUUCCAGACGCCAAGGAUCGGUACUGGACAUGCGUCGCAGACAUCGCCGAUCUGGACAGUGUGCAUUCCUGGAUCGAGCAGACUGUGGCGAAGUUUGGAAAGCCCGAUGGUUGCGCAAACGUUGCCGCUGUGGAGCAGCGCGAGAUCUUCCCCUUCGUCGACCUCGACCCUGAGUACUUCGCUAGAGUGGUCAAUGUCAACGUGAUUGGCACUUUCCAUUGCCUGAAGGAGGAAAUGAAGGUCAUCAAAGACGGCGGCUCCGUCGUGAACGCCGGAAGUAUUGCCAGCCAAUACGCGUCGCAAGGGGUAUCAGCCUAUGUCGCUGCCAAGCAUGCCCUCGUUGGCCUGACCAAGGUCGCCGCCUUCGAAGGAGCGCCGAGGGGAGUGCGCGUGAAUGCUUUGUGCCCGGGCUGCUUUAACACAGCGAUGAUGGAGAAGCCCUGA